AUGCUGAAAUCUAAUUUGCUCCUCCACAUUGAUGGGACCAGCCCUGUUGCUAAAGACAUUGGACGUCAGGACAUCGCAAUAGCAACCAUGGGACCAAUCCAGCGUUUGCCCAACUAUAAUUGGUUCCGGUGCAGGACCUACUUGCUGCGCUACUCAGAUUAUUUAUCUUUAUUUGCUGCCCCCAUUUCUGUCAAUUUGUUCAUUGGAAGCUAUGUAUUGGGACAAGAUUUUAUUGAGUUGAGUUCUAUGAAUAAGCAAUGUGAUAUUCUUUUACAGCUAUUUACAUAUGGACGAAGAAUUGCAUUUGUAGAAUUAUGUGCUAGGAUUGAUGUUGUGGACGCUAGCACUAUCAAACGAGUUGCGAACCGUUUUAUAUUUGAUCACGUAUACCUAAAAUCUUUCGGGCACACUACUAUUCCUGCUAAUCUAGGAAACAGAGUCUUCGAUAUGGGCAUCUGCAUGCUUAUAGGACAUCGCAAUAGCAACCAUGGGACCAAUCCAGCGUUUGCCCAACUAUAA